CCCGAUAAGAGAGGACCAUGGUGUAGGUAGGGCCCACCAUGAUGUUCCCUCCAUCUGUUUGCCAACUCAUGUUGUGACAUGAGCCAAAAAAUGAGACAGAUCCAAAGUUCAAGUGGGCCAUAUGACAGGAAAUAGUGGGGACUGAAUGCCUACCAUUGAAGCAUUGGUGGGGCCAUGGAAGUUUUGAAUCAGGCUAAUAUUUGUGUUUUCAGUUCAUCCCAGUGGAAAUGACAUUAUGAACGGUCUGGAUGGCAUACAAACAUUACGGUGGACCCCACAAAUAUUUCAAAGGGGGCUUUCAAUCCCUUCUAUUUCCUAUCGCGUGGCCACUUGAAUUUUGGAUUUGCCUCAUUUUUUGGAUCAUUUAUUAACAUAAGCUGGCAAAUGGAUGGAGGGGGUGGAUUUCUUACAAACAUUUUGGUGGGCCCCACCUAGAUACUAAAUACAAACUCGACCGUGGGUAUGAAUCCUUUGUGUUAAAUACAAUCCAAGCAACAAAAUUUGACUUACCAUAGCAUUUUGUUGUUUCAAGUGUGGAAACAAAAAUGACAAUUGAACAUUCAUUACUACCGAUUUCAUGCAACAGGUAAUUGAAAUUGCAAUAAUUGUGCUUUUCCAUUGCUUUACUUUGGAAUCCUCCGAUCCACACCAGCAGCUUCCUUAAGUUAAAAAAUUGCAAAAAUCAAGCAAUCAGGACCAUCAAACAUGGUGGCCUACCUGACUAACAAUCCUAAUCACUGUAGAUGUGCUACAUGUAACUUGGAGACAACCAACUAUGUCAACCCACGUGCUGGGCUCCCAUUGACUUAUUAUAUGGUGAAUCUAAGAUAGAUGGAGCAUAUAUAGGCAUUAACAGAGAAGGAUAAUCUUGUAUGCGAUCUUGAGAUCAUUCUCUUUUCCUAUCUCUAGUUUGUUCUUGUGAAUUCCCUUUUAGGAAGGAGGAAUGGCUGAAGCAGUUCUAUCUGCCCUUCUUCAAGUAGUUUUCGACAAACUAGCCUCCCCAAUCCUAGAAGAGUAUGGAUUGUUGUGGGGUGUUCGCAAGGAGAUUGAAAAUCUAAGCAGCACGUUAUCGACGAUACAAGCUGUGCUUGAAGAUGGGGAGGAGCGGCAAUUAAAGGAUAAGGCGCUGCAGAAUUGGCUGGGAAAGCUUAAAGAUGUGGCUUAUGAUGCAGAUGACAUCUUGGACGAGUUCAUGAUGGAAGCUCUACGCAGAAAAGUGGAGAUUCGGGGGCACGUUAAGAACAUGGUACGUGACUUCUUUUCUCUAUCCAACCCGCUUGUGUUCCGUUUGAAUAUGGUACGUAAGAUAAAGGAGAUCGGGUGGAGAUUAGAUGCUAUUGCUGGGGAGAGGUCCAAAUUCCAUUUGAGCGGGGGAGAGAGGGUAUUGGAGAUUAGAGUUCGAGAACAAACCGACUCAUUUGUAAUCGAGUCGGAUGUUUAUGGUAGGGAGGAAGAUAAAGAGAAAGUAAUGGAAUUACUGAUUAGUGAGGAUAACAGAGAGGAUGUUACGGUCAUCCCCAUAGUCGGUAUGGGGGGCCUUGGGAAGACCACACUUGCGCAAUUCACUUACAAUGACAAGAGGGUGGUCGAGCAUUUUGAGCUGAGAAUGUGGGUUUGCGUGUUGGACGAUUUCAAUGUGAGAAGGGUAACAAAAGCAAUCAUAGAGUCAGCAACUGGUAGCAAAUGUGAUCUCUUAGACAUGGAUUUACUGCAGUGUCGCCUCCAUGAAAAUCUGUGUGGGAAGAAGUUUUUACUUGUGUUGGAUGACGUGUGGGAUGAAAAUCCCAAGAACUGGGACAGAUUGAAACAAUUUCUCAGAGAAGGUGCAAGGGGUAGUAAAAUCAUAGUAACAACCCGUAGUGAAAAAGUUGCUUCAAUCAUGGGCUCUCUUCCUCCACACCAUUUGCCAAGAUUAUCAGAGGAUGAUUGUUGGUCUCUAUUCAAGCAGCGAGCGUUUGGGCAAGCACGACAAGAGCAUCCAAACCUUGUAAUUCUUGGAAAGGAAAUUGUAAAGAAGUGUGGAGGUGUCCCUUUGGCGGCGAAAGCGCUCGGAAGUUUGAUGCACUUUAAAACAGAGGAAAAGGAGUGGUUAUUUGUCAAAGAAAGCGAAAUUUGGAAUCUACCUGAAGAAGAAAAUCACAUUUUACCCGCUCUAAGGUUGAGUUAUCAUCACUUGCCAUCGCAUUUGAAGCAGUGCUUUGCAUACUGCUCAAUAUUUCCAAAAGAUCAUAGAAUUGAGAAGAAGAAACUAAUCCUACUAUGGAUGGCAGAAGGUUUCAUCCAACCAUCCAACAGAAGUAAACAAAUGGAAGAUAUCGGUGGGGAGUAUUUUAAUAAUCUAUUGUGGCGGUCCUUCUUUCAGGAUGUUGAGAAAGAUGAUGAUGGGAAUAUAAUGUGGUGCAAGAUGCAUGAUCUCGUGCAUGAUCUUGCACGCUCUGUUGCAGGGAUUGAAUGCUCGAUUGUGCAGGUCGACAAUGCAGUCAGCAUCCCUAAUAGAACUCGUCGUUUCUCCUUGGAGCGUGGGUAUAGUAAGUGGGUCCCUCCAAUCCCAAAUACCUCAAGAAAAGCAAAGAACUUGCGAACACUGCUUCUGCUUGGAAGAAAUACUUUCAAUGUCCCUUGUAAUCUUUUGGUACAUUUUAUGUGUUUACGCGUGUUAGAUUUAAGCUAUUCGAAUGUCACUGCAGAGUUGUUGGUUUCAAUCGGCAAGUUGAAACACUUAAGAUACCUCGACCUGUCUUAUACUGAAAUACAAGCCCUUCCUGAAUCUAUCAGCACCCUUUACCAUUUACAAACCUUGAGACUCUUGGCUUGUUAUAAUCUUGCAGAGUUACCCAGGAACAUGAGCAAAAUGACUAGCCUAAGACAUCUUGAAAUCAAUAGAUAUGAUCAAUGGACUAGUGUGCAAGAUUAUUACAAAUCAUUAACUCAGAUGCCAGCUAAUAUUGGAGAAUUAAAGUUCCUUCGAACCUUGUCAAUAUUCAUCGUUGGUAAGGAUAGUGGCCGUGGUGUAAGGGAGCUGCAAGGCCUAAACCUUCAAGGAGAAUUGACCAUUCGAAACCUUGAGAAUGUGACGUGUGCAGCAGAUGCCCAGGAAGCAAACUUGAAGGAGAAGCCAAACCUUCUUAUGUUACGCUUUUCAUGGGGUCAUGAUAUUGAUUUAAAUUUGGAAGGAAACAUCGAGCAAACCCUUGAAGGUCUCCAACCACAUCCAAAUCUCAAAAGGUUGGUGGUGGAAGAGUAUGUGGGUACCAGAUUUCCACAUUGGAUGAGUUCUUCGUUGCUUUCGAAUCUAGUUGAAAUCUCACUGAUCAAUUGCAGAAGAUGUGAACAGCUCCCCCCGCUUGGCCAAUUACCAUUCCUUAAGGUUCUUAUGGUACGUGGAAUGGAUGCUGUGAAAUGCAUUGACAACCAUUUCUAUGGCAAUGUUAUCACACAAGGAUUCCCGUCAUUGAAGAAACUCAAGUUCCAAGAUAUGCCAAACUUCGAGGAGUGGUUAGGAUUCACUGGAAGAGAAAUACUCCCUUGCCUUGAGGGAUUAAUUGUCGACAAAUGCCCAAAGUUGAGGAUGCUUUUGUGCCUUCAAUCUCUCAAAUAUUUAACAUUGACGGAUAGUAACGAGAUGUUGUUAGGUUCAGUGGCAAAGCUCACCUCGCUUUCCUCCCUUCGGAUCGAAGGUUUUAAGGAGCUAACGUUGCUUCCAGAUAGGUUGUUGCGAAACCAUACCCAUCUCUCGACCCUAUCAAUUAGAUGUUGUCCAAAGCUUGAGUUACUACCAGGGGAUCUUGGAAACCUUGCUGCUCUAGAGUCCCUAACAAUUUCUUAUUGCCAUGAGUUGCUAUCAUUGCCAGAAGAGUUACAAAACCUCACCUCUCUCCGUUUGCUACGAAUUGAGGGCUGCAAUGGUCUAACGUCCUUGAGACUACAAGGGUUGAGCUCUCUUCAAGAUCUUACCAUUCAGCAAUGUCGAAGCCUAACAAGUUUUAUUGGGAGGUUGCAACACCUCGCAGCCUUUCGAUCCUUGUUGAUAAAUAUAUGUCCGCAGCUGGCUUCUUUACCAGAAGGUAUGCAACACCUCAUGUCCCUCCGAAAACUUUUCAUCUGGAAUUGUCAUAAGUUGACAUCUCUGCCGGAAGGGCUAAGACAUGCCACAACACUGCAAGAGCUAGAAGUUGGUAAUUGCCGGAGUCUAACGGCUUUGCCAGAGUGGAUAGGAAACCUGUCCUCACUUCGACAUUUGGAGAUUAGCGGCUGUCAUAAAUUUGCAUGUUUGCCAUCCGGGUUGCAACUUCUAACAAAUCUCAAAUGUCUAAUAAUCCGAAGCUGUCCCCAUUUAGAGAAGCGAUGCGAGAAGGAGAAAGGUGAGGAUUGGCACAAGAUAGCACACAUCCCGGUUAUUCAGAUUGGAUGGAAGCUUCCAAGACAAGAUGAUGGCUGUGAGCGUCUCUCGGAGUUGAAGAUGGGAUGCAUCAACACUCUCACUCCUACUUCUUGGUUCCAUUAACAUUUAAACACCAUCAUUUCAUCGAGGAUAUGUGUGGGACUCGUGCAAAUGAGAUGGAGGGGCCUAGCAGCACGUGUCAACAUGGUACAUGUGUGGGAGACUGAGCAUGACAGGUGGUGGUUGAACAAAAAAUCAGGCCGGUCUGCUUAUCAGGAAGGAUGAUUGAGCACUGAUCACCUACAUGCAAUAGUAUCACAACUUUUUGUACCAUAACUCGUUGGCAACCCUUGUUGUGAACAUGACUCUGGAACUGGUGAAGGGCUGGAAGAAUUCUAUAUAUACUGUCGACGUGAGAGGAAGAAGAACUCAGCUGCUAAGAGAGAAACUGAGUGAGAGAGUCAGAGAAGAAUUGGGAGACAUCGUGAGAGAACAAGAGAGAUGAAGAGUUUGAACUCAACAAGUUGUCGACUCGUUGGGCAGCUUGUGUUGAGUCCAAAGGCUCUGCUAGUCGUGGUGGGAGGAAAAUGAAGAAGGAAGAAAGGAAAGGAGAAGAUAAAGGAGAAAAGAAGGAGGAGAGAAUGAAAAGAACAAGAAAGAAGCGGCUGAGUCGACUCUCCGAGUUGACCCCUUUGAAUUUCUGAACCCGUAAUGAAUCCAGAACUAAGUCAGGACUCAUCAGUGCCACCUUAAGGAGACUGAGGACCAUAGAUUAGGGGCUGAGGAAUCAAUGGGUGGAAUUCCAUGCUGAGAUCUCACCGAAUCGCGUUGAAAACCCUAUUGAGUUGCACCAAGUUGCAUCGCGUCAAACUGAAUCAAACUGAGUUUGAGUUGAUUGAAUAUGAUUGAGCGCAUGUAAUUUCCAGCAAUACCUUAGACCAUCUUACACCUAAAUCAGGCCAGUCGAUGUUAGAGGCAUGCUUAAGGAUGGAAGAGACGACAUCAAAUUCACCUUUUCAGGAUUGUCUUCUUUCAGUGAUUUUAUUCCUUGAAAGAUAUUUGGGGAUAUGUCCCCAAGAAAGAGCAAAAAGGAAUGACAGAAUUCUGAAAGUAAGACCUAGAUUGUGCUUUGUUGACUGUCAAGAGCAUGCAUCUGCAGACACCAAUACAAGUGGCUCACGAAAAGUUGAAACACAUGCUAGUGAUCUAAGGCCUUCAUCUCACUGGCCUCGUGAUGAAUGUGUCUUUACCUUGGAUUAGCUAUUGGACCAUACCAGUAAAUGUCAAUAAUGCAGUCAAAAUCAGAGUAAUGGAAGAAUCUCUGAUGAUCUCUUGAUUCACAUCAAGAACACUAGCGAUGUCUACAGGAACAUCGCCAUCUGCAGUUACCUAAUCAUGGCAACACACGGGAGCUUUAAGUGGCGAUCUCAACUUUCUGAUGGCUCAAUGAGAUGCAGCAUACUUGGUGGAAAUUUGGGAUACAGGUCAAAUCUCAAUCUCCAACCUCCCUAUCAAGAACCUGAUUACAAUUUCGCCUCUUCCUACAUACAUCAUUCUAUGAAUGGAUUUGGCUAAACAUCCAUCCAAUGCAAGAUCUUGGAUUAGAGAAGCCAAACCUGGUGCCUCUUGCCUCUUCCAUGUUUAAAUCUUUGAGGGAAAGGAUACAAGUCAAAGUAAAGGUUGUCUUCUCCACAAUUGAUGGUCUAUGGCUCAGUCCAUUCAUGGAUGGGGCCCACUUAACUGCAUGGUUAGAUGAUCAAGACCACCGCCCAUCUGCUAGCCCUUACUGUUGUGGGGUGAUUGUACAAAAGACACUGAUGGGAGAAUCUGAGUGGCCCAAUUUAAGCUGCAUGUCAGAUUAUCAAGACCACGCAUCUGCUUACACCUACUUUUUGUGGGUGAUUGUACAAAAAACAUGAUGCGGAUAGGAGAAUCUUAGCUGCCUGAUUUUCUCUGUUGAAUGUGGACUAUUGGCUGAUUUUUGUCAUCACCUGUUUACUUGAAGACUGUAACUCAGACAGAUAUGAUUGUCCGAUUGAUGUGAUAUUUAUGCAGUUGGCUGUCGACCAUAUGAUCGAUCAUGGAUGUUUUUCAUUGCUUGUGAGUUCAUCAGCUGCUAGGCUUCAUGGAUAGAUUUCUGGAAGCAAUGGUUACUUGUCUUUUUUAGCUCGAUCCUUGUGUUGAGUUAGAAAGCUAAUGUAUAAAUGAAUGUUUGAGUAGAGGAAGAACGAGAGGUAUUUAUUUUAUAAUGCAUGUAAAAUGGAUUUGUAGUCCAACUGUUAUGUUUGUUAUAACUUACAAGUAAUCAAAUGGGUUUUGUGUGCUAUUUUUAAGGAAUUGAUCAGUCAUUGUAUUUACUGUUUGGUU